AUGCCGCUCAAGCCCUGUCGGGAGCUUCCCGAAAACAUCCGGGGGUGUCAGAGUAGCUGCUCCUCGCAGUCCCUGGUGCCUAAAAGACCAAAAGAAGAGACGGAAUGUUCUAGCUUUGUUAGGGGGUUUUUGGCUUUUUUUCCCCCGGUGUUCCUGGCGUGGUGUCCCCUCGCCCCGGCGGCUGCUCCGAGGCGCUGCGCCCCUCGCCCGCCGCCGCCCCCGCGUCCCGCCGGCCACCCCUGCGCUACUCACGGCGGGGAGUGCAGCCCCUGCUCCCGCGGGCUCCUUGGAGCCGGCGGCGUCCUUGGAGCCGGUGGCCUCCGGAGCGCCUUCCGCUUCCCGGUUGAACGAACAGUAUCAGAACAACUAUAUUCCCUGAAAGGUGAAGGAGAAAAGAAGGUGGAUAAGGAUGAAAGACUUCCAAGAUUAAAGACGUGUGGAGAAAAUGUUGUGUCACUUAAGGAGAAGCUUAGCUUAACUCCCUCCCCCAACGAAAAAGCCAUUCAAAAAGUGGGAACUUCACCAGACUGCCGCAACUUCUCAAAUAUGACAGAUAGUGGCUUAGCCACUUCAUCCACCAGUUCCCUCAAGAAUGUGUCAGCCCUGGGUUCAUAUAACCCUUACAUUCUCAAUACUGAGAAAAUAAUUUCAGAUUUCAAGAUUCUGAUUUCUGAGUUGGAGCAUUCCACAAAGACAUCUGCUGAAGUGCUCUCCAUCUGUGAGGAGGAUAUCACCAGUUUGCAUCAACAGCUAUAAGAAACCAACAAAGAACUCACACAGACCAACAAGAACAGAGUAUCAUUAGCUCAGGAGAAUGACAGGUUACAGGAGCAUCUCUCUAAUAUUAAACAAGAAAUUCAGGUAUGUUUGUACCAAGAACCCUUGGUACUACAUAAAAACCGAGCAAAAUACCAAAACAAGCUUGAUUAUAUGAAGUUGAAGGCCCAGGAUUCAAACACAGAUACUGUCAGGCUGAAGAAUGUACUGAAGUCUAAGAUGAUGAGUAAUACAGAGGCUUUGAACUCUGGGAUUAAAGAGAGAGAGAACUGUGAGCUCUUGGAGAAUUACCACAAGGCCUGUGAACAAAGAGAAAGUUGGGAAGCAAAAUGCCAUCAAGCAGAAGCAGGCUUUUCCUCUGUUAGACUGGCACUGAUCAGGUUGAAAGAGAAAAUAGAGUCCCUUGGAACACAGAUGGAGCAACAUUUGCCAACAGAAGCAGCAUACAAGUCUCAUAUUUCUGUGUUAAGCAAGUCUCUUCUGAAAAUGGAUAGAGAGCUUCAAAAUAUACAUUGGGAAGUCCCUAUACUUGCAAAUCUCACAUCUAUACAAAAACUUUGCAUUAAAUUAGAUGGACUGCAGAGUAAGUGUGAGUCAUCCCAUUCUGAAACAGAGCUGCUGAGAAAACAAGUGGGAAAUGAAAGAGCAUCUAUGAAAAACCUGGAAUCUUUGCUUGUGUCCAAUUGUGAGAAAGAAUUUCAGUCACAGAUAGGAAAGCAAGAGAAAGACUCUGAAAUUCAGUUUCUCAAGGAACAGCUUGCUUUAGAGAAAAAUCAUCUUGCUGUGCAGAGUCGAGAUUUUACUCACCUCAGAAAUAGAGCAGCUGAGUUUGAGGCAGACUUGGAUAUCACCAAAAGACUGCUGGAGAGUGAAUGCUUUGAAAGGCAAGUAUAUGUUUUUGUAUUGUGAUUCCUGCAGCUAAUUGGGGUGAAAUGCAAUGUAGUACUAAGACUUAGAUUAAUUAGUCAG